UCUGUCGUAAGUUUGCGAAUGCACCAUUGUUGUGUGCUGCACUUGGCUUGUUAAAAAGAACUUUUUUUCGGUUUUUCUGCGGAGUUUUGCAAUUUAUACGAAUAUUGUUGCAAGAGUUCGCCCGUGGUUUCUGGAGUAAAUUGGUUUUGCAAUUUAAUUCGAUUUUGUAAACAAUUUAACUUACACGAGCUCUCCGUGCCACAUAGUUUAAAGGUGUACUUUUAUCUAUUUUGCUAAGAAAUUCGAUUUCACUCUCAAUUAUUCUGUCAUAAUUUUGGAAAUAUAUAAAUGGCAACUUUAAUAAAUUUUUUAUUUUAUCAUAAAAUAAAUACAGAUAUUUUACUGUAUAUCCAUCAAAUACGUACUUCAUAUAAUAAUUUUAAUAUAAAGCUUACGUAGUCGCCAUCAAGCAACGUUCUUAUCAAACCAUUUCUAUAUACAUAUAGACGUUAUGUGCAGAUGCUAUAGCUUUCGUUAAUAUUUGAGUUUUCCUCGUAAUAAUUUAGCAAAGUGUUUCAUUGUUUUACUUUUUCCCCUAAAUAAAUGUUCUUGUAUAUUCUUUGUAUUUCAAUUAAUCGUUGUCUAUUUAUCAUCAAAUCAAAUUUAAAUUAUAUUAACAAAAUAUGAUUAUCCUCAUAAAGUAUGUCGUUAUCUGUACGGUAUAAGCAGCGUGUAAACGUGGAGUUAUGUAGAAUCAGAACGUGUACGUUGUUAUGUCGUUCCAUAUGAUAAUAGCAGUUUAUUCUAUGUAGCACGUAUUGACAAAAUGAUACUUGACGAAUAAUGAAAGUGAUCUAAAUGAUCUCUGGAUGAAUCAUAGAAUCAAACGCUAGUAUCGCUUUCAACAGAAGGGCUUAUCAGUGUCGAUAGCUAGUUCAUGUGUUAUACCUCGUGCGCGACUCCUCGUCGUAUCCAUUGAUUUGUGUGGGAAACUUCUUGUGAACGGCAUCACUAAUACUUUUUAACUUUGCGAGCUCACGAGCUCCGAACAAGCAGAAUUAUUAUUGUUUAUGAAACUUUUAAACCUUGCUCUCUCCUUGGACGUGCGCAAGAAGUUAAUACACGCAGAAUCCGAUGUAUAUGAUGAAAGGGGCUUAUUAGUAUGCUGGAUAAGCGGCGGCUACAUGCCUCCGGUACUUCGCCAUGCACCCUCAUCUUUGUGGUCGUUUUGGCACUAACUGGAUGCUUCUCGUUUUGGAUUCACAUCGAUGGUUCAGGAUCGCCGAUCCCCUACUCCAGCGGCGGUGUGGCCGCGCCAGGAUAUAUCCUUAUAUUUCCCGGAAAUGUCACGCCCUCCACGCAGCCAUAUUCGAUAAACGAACUUCCGUCCGAUGAUAAAUCCACGCUGAUCAAUAUCACGGACUUUAGGUUCAUUAUGAACCAUAAUCCCUGCAACCGUACGCAACCGUUGCUGCUAAUGUUAGUUCACUCAGCGCCAGGGAAUUUCCCGAAGAGGCACGUCGUGCGGGAGACCUGGGGUCAACAAGCGCCAGACGUGACUUUAUUGUUUCUCGUGGGAUACUCGGAGGAACAUCAAUCCAAGCUUGAGGAGGAGAACAAGAAAUAUCAAGACUUAAUACAGGGAAAUUUUCUUGAUGCCUAUAGAAACAUGACCUAUAAGCAUGUUAUGGGAUUAAAGUGGGCUACUUAUUACUGUCCAAGUGCCAAAUAUAUUCUUAAAUUAGACGAUGACGUUUUUGUUCAUUUACCGGCCAUGCUGGACUUUCUAACGCAUGGCCUCUCGCCGUGGGGUGCAAGACGUCUGAUUCUCUGUGAUCUUCUGUCGGCUUCCGCAGUGAAAAGAUCCUGGCGCUCAAAGUGGCGCGUCUCUCCUCAGGAGUAUCCCGGUAGACUUUAUCCCGCGUACUGUGCCGGAUGGGCGAUCCUAUAUUCUCCCGAUAGUGUAUUUAUACUAUACCGCGAAGCCCAGAAGGAGCCGUACUUCUGGAUCGACGAUGUGCACAUUACCGGGACACUGGCUAGGAAAGUAAAUUUAACGCAAACCUCAUUACACUCUUGGGUGCUUACAACCGAGAGCAUGCGGGACCUGUUGUCGAACCCGAGCGCUCGACGGGAUUUUCUGUUCGGGCCUCCGGAUCUAACGGAGAACGGAAUACGAGCCUUACAUAGUCUGGUUACUAAACCACGGCCUAGCAGUGAAAGCCUAUUAAACGUCUAAUAGAACAAUUUCGUUAUACUUGGUCGCCGUAACGCGAGGACGGAAAAAAAAGAGAGAUACGAAUGGCGAGUGUUUUCAUAUACUUUCUGCGUGUCUUUUUUAAUUCUAAAUCGCGGUAUGCUCUGUACAACAGUUCAACAUAAGUGUUCGAUUAUUUGCACAAUGUACAAACGCCAUGUUAUAUAUGAUACGUAUAUAAUUAUACGUUACGUAUAUACGUGCAUAUGUGUGUGUGUGUGUGUGUAUGUAUAUACAUAGGGUGUCUCUGAACAUGUUGGUCAACGCUCGUAAAAAGGUAGAAGAAAUCGAGAUGAACAUAAAAGCUCAAUAUUGUCUUUGGUUAAGUUCACCAGUAUCGAGGUAUUAAUUUUUCAAAUUAUGCGAAUGAGAGCGCGCCGAGGGAAGAGCUUGAUCGAGCUAUAACAAAGAAGAAAAGAUCUAUUGUGAAUGUACGAUAAGCUUUCAUUAAUUUAUUGUUCACAAUUACGAUAGGAAUUGAUUAGAUUUUUGCAGAUCCCAUACGCUAAUACCUCGAUUAUUAGUGGACCUAACCCAAAACAAUAUUGGACUUUUAUGUUCAUCUCAAUCCCUUCUACCUUUUUACGAGCGUUGACCAACAUGUUCAGGGACACCCACAGUCGUGGCAAACACAUAUGCAUGUAAUAAAAUAUUACUUGCGAUUGUUUUACUUAAACAAGGAAUGAAACGGGUAUAAUUUCGCUGAAUUCAUUUCCCGUACUGUAGAUAUAUUAAGAGAACAAUCUCGCGCCAAGUCACGGCCAGCAAACAACGAGGCGGAAACGUAUGCUUGUAUGCGAACCAUCUACUAGUUUAGAGUAUUUUAAAUUAUCGUAUUUCACAAUAAUGCCUGAAAUCGUCCGAGUUCCUAAUAUUUGGAAGAUAACCUUAUACCGAGUUGCAUUUACAUUGUCGCGAAUAACACAUAGGGAUCAAUAUCGCGUGUUUGUGACGACCGAACUCGGCGGAAUAAUAUCGGUUUCAAUUCCUGUAUUCAAUUAUUAUUUAUAUUUAAAAAAUACUCAAAUAUAUAGAAUAUAGGUUUAUGCGACUUAUAUUUACUUAUUAAAUUCAAAGCUCAUUUCUCUAUUUGAGACUGUCAAUCUGCAAUCAGGGCUUGUAAUCAAACAUUAUUUCAAAUGCAACCAAUUGUAACUUAUUUUACGCUCUUCAAACAAUUAUUUGAAUGAUAAUUGUAUCUAAUUAUAUACUAAUGGAGUAAACAAUUGUUUACAGCACAAUUGCAAUUGUAUUGCCAUAUCUAAUUUUUUAUGUACAGAUUAUAUUAUUUCAUCAUCAGUCAUUAGACUGUUAUGGGUGCUUUUUAUUUACAUGACUUGUGUCGUGCUCCACUGUUAUCGAAAGCAGAGUCAAUCGAAGCCGACUUGAAUCACCAACAAAUUACGGCACUGAUCAUAUUUUACACAAAAUAAUUGUACACGAUCAGAAUAUUCUAAUACAAAUAUAUUGUACACAAAAAAUUGUGUAGUGGACAGUUUUUCUACGCACAAUAUAUCCGUGUGCAAUUUUUAAUUCAAGGAUAAUUCUUGUGCACAGUUUUUCCACAUACAAUUUUUUGUGUACAAUAUAUUUGUGUAGAAUAUUCUGAUCGUGUACAAUUAUUUUGUGUAGAAUAUGAUCAGUGCCCAAAUUACGACACAAAUUAAAUGAAAAAGAAAUAACAGGAGUCAAUUUGUGUCACUAAAUGAAAAGGACCCCGUGUAGUACGCACGCACACAUACGCGCACAUGCAUUUCUAAAUUUCUGCGUUAAUUGUGGAAGUUGAAAAAAGAAUAUUUUAUUAUUAUGAAUAAAUCGGAAAAUAUUUUUAAAAAAUAAUUGUAAAAAUUUUCGCGAUAUUUACGCGAAUCUUUUAUUUAUUAUGUGUACAUAAGAAAUGAUUACUCAAUUUAGUAAACUACUUAUGAGCCCUGAUUAUUAAGCGAAUUUAAGUUAAAUAUUUUGUGCAAUCUCCAAAAUACUAAUUUGUUAUUCUAAAGGAAUAAAACCUCAGCUAUUUUUUUAUUUACACUUAUGAAAAUGCCAACAAUAUAUAUAUAAAUGUGAAUGAGAAGAAUAGUAUUAGUGAAAGGCGGCGAAAAUUCUACGCGAAAUUUACGCGGUCUCGCGACCGGAAACAUGCUUCUCUCGCAGUGAUAGAAAUUUGCGGGAGACGAGCGUGUUACUUUAUUGUAAAUUUUAUCAAUCGGCAACAAGGAACGGAAGUUUAUCGUGGAGCCACAUUUGUGAAUGUGUACUUAAAUGUAAACGUAAUAAUGAGCAAAUUUUAAGAUAUUACAUUGUUACGCAAGAACAUUAACGAGUCGGAUUAAUAUUGUUACGUAGCAACAAGUACAACCCCAAAACAAGGGUCCACUCGCAAUUAGAUACAGAGAUCGCAGAUAUGUCCGUUUUUGAGCAUCUAUAAAUUUUUUAUGUGAAAAAUUCGUUGGUCACCACGUUGUAUUUGGUACUAUGAAAAUACGUGCCUGCAAACUGUAACGUGUCAAGCGUGAAAACCGUGCUAGUUUUAGUUACCAUGAUUUCUUUUUUAGAAUAGAUAGUCGAUGUGAUAAUAUUCCUUCGCAUUGUACUGUCUUUUUUUUAUCUAAAAUACAACGAAUGCAUAUACGGAAUAAUAACACAUAGCAGAAUUCUAUUCAUCAGCACCAUACUUGGAGCCGAAUUUCCUGUUGUGAUAUAACAGAAACAUGGAACAAAUUCGGCCUCUAUCGUCACUUAAAUUAUUAAUUCGCAAAUUCUGGAACUGGGCAAUAUAUUCAUAUUGUAUUGUAGUAUAAAGAAAUUGGUGAUUAUUAGUUACUAAAGAAUCUCACGUAUUAUUCCUCUAUGUAUAGUCUCAGACGUUUUUACUCGUACUGAGUUUUUCUUUAUAUAUUAUACCAUGUUAUUGUGUAUCGUUUUUGAAGGAAAGUAUCCCUAUUGCGAUAAUGUGAAGUAUCGCAUAGUAUAACAUAAUUCUUGUGAUGGAGCAAAUAUACUUAUAAUUUAAAUAAAUAAUGGAAUUAUUUAAAUUACACCGUGUAUUUUUUAUGUUUAUUCAUAUUGCGAUAACUUUUAUUCGUGUAACGAACAAAAAUAUCUUUAGUAAUUGUAAAUUGCAUUAAAUAUAUGAUUUAAUAUGAAGAAGCGUACAUAAAGAUGAGCUCAGUGUCAAAAAUAAUGUUUAAAAUAUAUCACUAAUACCGUAGACACUACAUUAGAAGUUAAAUAUUAUUAUUACAUAAUGUAAAAAGUAUUAUAAUUACGUAUAUGUAAAAAAAGCUGCGUUUUAAUUGUUAAUGAUCACUACAUCUGAUCUGUGAUAAUUAUGGACUUGGAUGAGACAAUCAGAUAUUAUGACUGAAAAGGAUGACAAGAAUAUAUAUAUAAAAAUGACGUACAAUUGGAUAUAUACUUUAUUGGUCCAGCUGUUUAACUACGUAGAACUAUUUAUAAAACUUUACAAAAUGCUCAACAUGUUGCAAUAAGGGAACCUUGCUUAGGUAUAUUUACAAGGCAACGGAGUUAUGCGAUUUCUAAGAAUCGAUUGACGACAAAGCUGUUACGUGAUUAACGUAAUUACCUACCGCAGGUUCCUCGAGAAAACAUCCAUUACAAUUUCGGAUAUUUCGUGAUUAAGAUAUUAUCACUAUAAACGCAACAUGAUUGUGCAAAUAUCGCCAAGCUCGGAUUUUGAUCUAGCUAGGAAAACUCGCUACAAAUCUUUUUCAAAACAUAAUCUGGAUAUAAAAUUUAAAAAAAUUUUAAAUACCAUACAAAACCAAUGUGAGGCACAUUUAAUUCUUUGUGCAGCUAUCUCGCAGACACGAUUAAGUCUGAAAAAUUAUUCUGAAAAUUAUAAUCUUCAAUAUAAACGAUAAUUUAUGAAUGAAGUAGAUAUAUAAAUUAUCUAUAUUAAAUUUUAAUAACAAAUUUAAUAAUGUGGAAAGUAUAUACGUUUUUGUAUAUAAUAAUAUAUUGAGCGAGCAAAAUGUACCGUACAAAGUAUAUCAUGAUAUAGGGAAACGUAAAAGUAAUUAUUAUUAAUAGUGUCAAACUUGUGAAUUUAUUACUACCAGCAUUGCUGGUGGUAAUGUUUUUAUUAAUUUUGACAGUAAUAAAUUCAUAAAAAUGCAUAAUUUUUAAA